GGCGCCGGGUGCUGCCGGAGCCCGCGGGCGGUCGGGCCGGUGCGCGCUCCCCGCGGAAGGAAAGGUCGCCGGGCCGAGCAGCCCCGCCGGGGGCUGGGCCGAGGCGGGAGGGAGGCGGUGGCGGCCUCGUGACGCUGCUGCCGGAGAGUAAAACCAAAGCGAAGGGGCGGCAGCGGGGCCCAGCAGGAUGCAGCCCACCCCCGCCUGCCGCGGGGGCUGGCCGGGCCGCUCACCUGCUCCGCGGAGGGACGGCCGGGGGCGGGGGAAGCGCUCGCAGACCCGACCCCCAGCACCGCCGCAGGGUCUGCCAGGGGCAGCGGCUGCCGGGUCCCCGCGGGGCUGCGGGCGGCGCCGGCUGCGGCGCGGCUGUCGUGGCGGCCUGCAGGGGCAGCGCUGCCGCGCGUGUGUGCGCCGGUGCGGGGUGCGGGGGGAGCCCGCCCGCCCCGGGCUCGGUGACACGGCGGCCAGGGCGCAGCGAUGUCGCUGCCCGCGCUGGCGCGGCGCGGCCCGGCACGGCGGUGCGCGGGGGUGAGUGACCCCGGCCGGCCAAGGAUGAUUACGAACACGCGGGGCUUCCUGUGGUCGGAUCUGGAGACGCGGGCGCUGCUGGAGAUCUGGGGCGAGGCGGACGUGCAGUCGGCGCUGGACGGCAACUUUCGGAACAGCCAUGUGUACCGGGACGUGGCGUGCCGCCUGGCCGAGCUGGGCUUCGAGCGCACCCCCGAGCAGUGCCGCAUCCGCAUCAAGGGCCUCAAGCGGCAGUACUACCAGGCCCGGGACGGGCUGAAGAAGAACGGGCACGCCCGCAAGAUAUGCAAGUACUACGACGAGAUGGACCGGAUCCUCAGCUGCCGGGGGGGGCCCGACGGCGCCCCCGAGCCGCUGGCCCCGCCGCCCGACGGCGCCCAGCCGCCCGCGGGGCCGCUCGCCGCGCCGCCCACGCCGGGCACGCCGCACAACAGCCGCGAGCUGGACGCCGAGCUGGACGAGGACGCCGGGCCGGAAUCCCCCCGGGACAACUUCACCGAGGAUUCCGGCGAGUGCUCUUCCUACGCCGACCACCCCAUCAAGGUGGAGUGCCCGCCCUUCGCCAUCCCCGUGCCGCCGGGUGACGGCUUUAAAGAAGUCAGUGCUCCAACCAUUACCCCACCUCUCAAUCAGCCCAAAAGAUCAAAAAAACGCCAUACCAAUAUGACAUUGGAUAAAAUGAUGGAAAAAUUCCUGCAGCAGAGCAUGGAUACAGAUGAGAAAUUUUACAGAUUCGAAGAGCAGAGGCUCAAAAUUGAGGACAAGCGUCGGGAAGCUGAGCAUGCUCGAGAACUCCAGAUGUUACAGAUGUUGGGACAAAUGUUGGCUGGAAUUUCUUCUACGGUAUCACAAAGGUCACAGUCUAUACCAACAAGUCCACCUCGGAGAGCGAACCAUCGUUCAUAUGCGGAUAACUUUAAUUAUAAUGCUAUGACAGCAACACUUUCUCCACCGAUAGUUAUAGAGAGGUCUUUUUCACUGCACAGAACACACACUCUGAAGGAUAUGGAGAAUAUUUUUCAGCUGGUGCGCAAUGUUAUCCCUCCUCUAACAGGGAAAAAGCAUAAAGGUCAAGAUGGUCGUAUAGGCAUUGUUGGAGGAUGUCGAGAAUACACUGGAGCACCAUAUUUUGCUGCAAUUACAGCUCUCAAAGUGCAAGCUGCAAUAUAUACCUGCGAGACGGUGGAUCUCUCUCCAAGUGAUAGUCCCAAUGCUAUCCAUGAGGUGGAAAAGUGGUUACCACGGCUGCACUCGGUUGUCAUAGGACCUGGCUUAGGCAGAGAUGAAGUUCUGCUUGAGAACGCUAAGGGUAUUAUAGAGAAAUCAAAAGUGAAAGGAAUUCCUAUCAUUAUUGAUGCAGAUGGACUGUGGCUCAUUUCCCAGCAGCCUUCUCUUAUUCAAGGCUACCAGCGAGCUAUUCUUACUCCAAACUAUAUGGAGUUCAGUAGACUGUAUGAAGCCAUGCUUAGAGACCCCGUAGACAGUAGUGAUCAUCAUGGAUGUGUGCUAAGACUCAGCCAAGCCAUGGGGAAUUUGACAGUUGUGCAAAAGGGAGAAAGAGAUCUUAUUUCAGAUGGAGAGAAGGUACUUGUGUGCAGCCACGAAGGAAGCAGCCGGAGAUGUGGUGGACAGGGGGACCUCCUUUCUGGUUCUCUUGGAGUCUUGGCACACUGGGCAUUUGUUGCUGGAGCUGAAAAAACAAAUGGUCAAAAUCCCUUUCUAGUGGCUGCAUUUGGAGCUUGCUCUCUCACGAGGCAGUCUAACCACCAAGCCUUUCAGAAAUUCGGACGUUCAAUGACAGCCUCUGACAUGGUUUCAGAAGUUGGAACAGCUUUUAACAAACUUUUUGAAACCUGAAGCCAAAGCAGCAAAGAAGAAAAGAACAAUGACUGCAAGAGUAAUUACAUGUACCGUAGAAUUUACAUAAUGCACCCUUUCAAGUGCUGUAGCAGCAUUGGUAUGUUAGGUAGAUUUUUUUAUUUUUAAGAAUAGAAAAAUAUGAUUAAUGUAGAUAUUUUUUAAGAGUUUGGAAUACAAAAAUGUUUUGGCUGAAAUAAGCUGUAGUUGCAGAUCUGUUAUAAUAUAAUAAAACUAAACUGAAAGUAUUCCUCUGUUCUUUUUGAUAGUUAUUGAGCAAUAACUAAAGUCUGAACAGCAAAAAAAAAAAUGCACUUGAUACUUAGAUAAAAUUCUUCCACCAGCUCAACUGAAUUUCUGAAUUUCUUGGAUUUCACCAAGGUUGUCACUUGUCAUUCUUAGACCCUCUGUCUAGAAUUAGCUGUUGCACUUCAUUUUUUGCUAUGCUAGUAGAGUAAGAAGCAAAAAGUAAGCCUCUUUGGAAAGGGAAUGCAUGAGAGUUGCUGUAGAUUUUGAAUGUAAUUAGUUGCCUUUUCCCAUUCCUGGUCCUAGAGGCAGCAUUCAUUUAGACAAGGCAUCCCUUCCUGCAGUGUCUUGUUAGUUUUUUUAAAAGGUUCCCCCUUGGCGAAAUAGAGAUACGCUGUAGGUAUCUUGGCAGUAAAAUUCGUUAAUAAUUAGGCUUACCUGGAAAAGAAAUAAAUUUGUGUUUCUUUAUCUGGUCUUGACUGAAUAUAAUGAACUUGUGAAAUUGUCAUUUGGAGAGGUACUAGGUGGGGCACGAAACUCGGUGAUACCCAGCAGAACUUGUUCAGCUCUCAGUGAUCAUGGAAGAGUGAAGAGCUUCUAGAAUUCCAGCUGCCUGCUGGGUUAGAGCUCAGAGCAGCCCAGCACACAGAUCUGUAGGUGGACAGCGAUGAGCCAGCGGGAAUACAAGUUGAAGGAACAAAAGGCAGCCCACGGCUCGUACCUGUACCUUCGGAGCAGAGUGCAGGCAGCAUGUGCUGCAGGUCAAAGGCAGGAACAGAAAUACGGUGGUCGGUCUUUGAGCUUCAGGAGCAGUACUUAGUAUUGCAAAAAGCAGGAGCUUUUAGAGCAAAAAGCAUAGCGGCUUUUACUUGAUCUUUGUAGGACAGACAGACACUGAUCUGGUGCACUGGCAGAGCAGGCAAGCAUUAGGUGUAAAGCAGAACUUCUGUGGGCUUUUGCACAGGACCAUUCCUUAAAUUUUUGGAGAUUCAGUCAAAGCUUGUAGAGACUGAACCCGAUUGGAGAGGGAGGCAAGUUCAUGCAAAGAAAAUUUAAAUGGGUGCUGCCCUUGACCCUCCAAUCCAGCUCCAAGCGUUGCUGCUCAUUGUAGUGCCGGAAGAAGCAUGUAACGCAUCCGGUUCCUGCAGGGGAUGUUGCCUUUCAGCACAGCCACCCCUGCAGUGCUCCCAGCUGGAAUGUGGUGUCCCAGACCACUCAGACUGUUCUCAUUCCUUGCAAUAGCUGCCUGCAGAAAGCACCCAGAAUCAGAAAGGCUACUCCAAGUAUUUUCCUUCAGCCCUUAGAGUUGGUAUUUAUGGAUGCACUGUGACUACUACCUCACCCUGAUGCAUUUUUCUUUUUCUUUUUAAACCAGUUACCUAUUUUUAAAAUAGGUUUUUAAGUGUUUGCUUGUGUUGCUCUAUGAGGGUUCACAGACUACUCUUAAGAAAUGAGGUUUUAGUGUUUAAUUUAAGCAGUUUUGUAAACUGUCUGCAUCUUUGGGGAAACUUAAGCUAUUAUUUCCCCCCCUUAAAUGUAUUUGAGAAACCUGACUACUUUUAAAUGAAAUCAGAAAGUUAAAACUGAUUUUAAAACAGCUACUGCCUUUAUAAUAAGUGAUUUUUUUUCUUGUGGUUAGAAUAUCAGUGGUAUUAUACACUAAAUGACAUGUAGGCAAAGUCAAUCAAUUAACAGCUCAGUACAGAUUUCAACUUGCCCUGUUGGUUUUAAAGCUACACAGAAGUUGUAACUCUGUUAUUCACUAAUGUAUAUGAAUUGUUACAAUUUUUAAACAUUCUGGAAAUGUAGCAGUUUCUUUUGGUAGGAAAUAAAAAUAAUAGCAAUUGA